UUUUUUUUUUUUUUUUGGCUUUCCAAUUAAACAGUUAUAUACAACAACAAUAAUAUGGCGUGUAAAACGUUGCUAUAUUCGAUAAUCUUGUGAUGUAUGUUCAAUAUCUUGUGAUGUAUGCUCUAUAUCUUGUGAUGUAUGUUCAAUAUCUUGUGAUGUAUGCUCUAUAUCUUGUGGUAUGUUCAAUAUCUUGUGAUGUAUAUUCGAUAAUCUUGUGAUGUAUAUUCUAAAUCUUGUUAUGUAUAUUCUAUAAUCUUGUGAUGUUUGUUCGAUAAUCUUGUGAUGCAUGUGCAAUAAUUGCAUUAUGGGUAAUAUGACACAACAGCGUUCUAUUACAGUAAGGACAAUUUUCAUUGGUUGGAAAUAACGAAAGUAUCCGGUGAUGCAAGAGUAACGUCUUAAUAUUAAUGAUAUGAAUUUGACACUGAAUGAAGCAGGAAACCCUUUGCCAAAAUUCUAAAUUUCCUGAUCGUAGAGUAGGGCUUUUAAAAUUGGUACAGGGUGGGACCAAAAUUGUCAUAGUGAUUAAAUGUCUUUAUCAUUUGAAGGACUUCUUUAAUUAAUCUGAUACUGUAUAAAAUGAAACAGAGAUAUAUAUGAAACUUUGACAAAAGCUAAAUUUAUGCAUAUAUAGGAAAACAGAAAGGAAUGAACCAGAAUUUUGAAUAUAACCCCCAGAGUUCUGACUCUGGACCACAGGCACCUGAAGUCCCCCCCCCCCUGGUUUUUAAAAUGAUUUCUUCUUUUUUUCUUUUUUUUUUGCGGUGAUGAUUUCUCUGGAAUGUGUUUACCGGUAGAAUGCCAAUCUCUAUAGCUUACAAAAAGCGUGAAACGAUUACAUAAAUCAAAAGAGGGGUGAGAUAGGCAGGGAAUCGACACAUUUCGGAGAAAUUAUCGCCGCAAAAAUAAAAUAAUAAAAAGGGGGGGGGGGGUAAGCAGUAUCCAGACUUCAGGUGCCUGGUCUUUGUCUAGGACAGAUCCUAAAAAGUCAUACAGUGUUAUAUUUAACAUACUAGUGUAUCAUAUUUUGCAUCACCGGAUACUUUCGUUAUUUCCAACCAAUGAAAAUCGUCCUUACUUUAAUAGUACGCUGUUGCACCAUAUUACCCAUAAUGCAAUUAUUGCACAUGCAUCACAAGAUUAUCGAACAUACAUCACAAGAUAUUGAACAUACAUCACAAAAUAUUGAAUAUACAUCACAAGAUAUUGAACAUGCAUCACAAGAUUAUCGAAUAUAGCAACAUUUUACACGCCAUACAAGACAUCCUCUUUGAUGUUAAAACUAAACAGAAUUAAUCGAGAAAUUCAAAUUGGAAAAAAAGGUAAGCAUGAAAUUAAAGAAACUCAAGAACUCGUUCAUCUAUUUAGUCGUAUUACUGUUUUUCUAUUUGAUGAUUUGCUAAAAACUGUAACAAUAAUAAUUAUACCAUUCAAUUUUAAGAAACUGAGUGUUUGAAUCACAAAUUGCACGUCAGUCUUGUAUUUUUGGCAUUCAAAAUUACAGUGUAAAACACGAAUAACUGUAGAAGCAACUAAGGAACAAAACAAAAUGAUGGCGCCCAUAUGGAUCACAAAAAUUCCAGUGAACGUAUGUAGAGAUUAUCUCUAUUCAUUUGCUGAUUUUCUCAUUUUCUCUUUUACAUACGUGUUACCUUUAGAGCCUUGCUUCGCGGACGGGCCUUUGGCAAUAUGAUACCAAACGAAUCUCGGACGGGCCAAAGAGAGCCACAGUAGUAGAGCCCUCUAACGUCUUAAUUUGUCAACAAGAUUUCAUCCGGGUAACUAAUUCUAACGUAUUACUUUAACUUGUUUCUAUUUUCUAAUUCUUAUUCCACUUUCGUAUUCCAACUUUCGAAUUCUAACUUGGGUAUUCUAAAAUUCUAUUUAUAACUUACUAAUUUUGUAUCUUGUAGAAAUAAAGUAAAAUUGAGAAAACAGGAAGGUAGAAUCAAAACCAAGAAAUGAAAAUGUUGAAAUAAAAUUGGGAAAUAAGAAGUAAGAAUGAAAAUAAAAGAUAAGAAUAAAUAUAUUAAAAUAAGAAUGCAAAAACAAGAAAUUAGAAUUAAGAAGUAAAAAUAGAAAUAUUAAAAUAGAAUUGUGGCACUGAUAUCCCUCCAUAUUCGUCAUCGUUUGCAACUUAUUUUCCCAUUCGUGUAAUCUUUCAGUCCCCUACCGGCGUGGCCGAACUACAUCCGUCUGUCUGUCCUUCUAUCUGUCAGUCCGGCAAAUCAGUUUUCCACACUUUUUUCGACAUACUUGCAGAUAUUCAUUUGAUAUUUGGUGUAUUGUUCAUGACAAGUUACGGACGUCCGGUUUGCACGUUUGUUGAUGUUUUGUUGAGUUAUGACCCUUGGACUUAGAAAAUAUGGAAUUCGAGUGUGGCUUUUGUUUUAUGGGACCUGCUUAUUCUUGUGCACAAACUGUUGAUGUAUGAUUCUUCACACAGAGCAUGACGCAGUAGACUUGACAGAGAACCAAUAGGGGACAUGUAUUGCUCUGCAACAUUUACAGAAGUUUUGUUAAAAUGGAAAUAUUAUCGCUAAUUAACAUAUCCAGGGAUGAAAUGGUCAGUCUAAAGUCUCCUAAGCUCAGCAGUUACACAGGCAAAUUAAUGUUACUAAAGAGGCUGUUGCACAGAAGCGGGAAUUUUCCCUAAUCGGAGCUCCGUGCCAACAUUCGUGACGUAGAACUGACCUUCAUUCAUAUUUAUACUCAUUGCGCAUUUGCCAUUUAGAUACCUGAAGGAUUCCCCAGUACUAGGGACAAUCCUAACACAUCUUAUGUGUCAAUACAUUAUACAUGUAGUCUAAAGAUAAUUUUUGAAAUCGUGAAAAUUAAAUUGUCUUCUUUUUUUCCUGAGUAUCAGAUACAAUGUAUACGGUUACAUGUUACGAGUGUAUCAAAUAUUUAAUAUUCUAUACUACUACAAUCCAAACGCUCUUAUACUGGUGUGUUUUAUUUUUUACAAACAACAAUUGUCAACUGUACAUGACUCUGGCCACAAAACAAUAUAUGGGGAAUUUAAUACACAUUUAUAAAAUUCAACAUUAUUCAAAGUACAUGCACCUGUAAAAUUUGAUUCAACAUAGGAAUUUGCUACAUAUAAACUCAAACUGUUUAACGGUUAUUUACCUCGUUUGACCUUACAGUUUUUCUUCCGAAGCUUUGCAAAGUUCACAACGGUUUUUCGUAAAAGACACCAUGCCUAUAUCAACAACUUCCGUUCAGAAAAAAAUACAAGUUCUCGUUAGCAGCCUUGACUAUCAAAUCACAGGUAUUGCAUACUAUAUUCGGCGUGUUUGUUGAGGGUCUCAUUCACGAACUAAACAGUGUCCAGGUUGGAAGCUUAUUUCAAACUCGGCACAUGGUAAUAAAUAGAGAUUUGACAUGAAACAUUUAUAAAAACUAAAAGCGUGUUUCAACUGAGAGAAAAAAAAUUAGAUGGAAAAGGAAUAUGAAAAAAAAUAUAUGUUCAUGAUGGAGUCGAACCCGGUCGUUUUAAAGAUAGAAAACAUCUUUAUAUGUUGAAGUCGACGACCUUUUUUUUCUUUCUCUUUUAUUGAAGUCGACGACCUUAUCCACUGGACCACGCAGUAGACCAUACAUUACUAAGGAAAAUUAAUGUACAGGUGAAGUUGAAAAUAAUACUAGUGAAGUUGUUUCGAUUUUUUUUAGAUUUACAAAGAAUGCCCCCGUGAAACAAAAUUUCAAAGUGACAGUUUUUUUUAGAGGAAAACUCGAAGAACAUGUUCAUGCUAAAUUCAUUUUGUUUCACGGAGGCAGUUUUUCUGAAAUUCGGGGAUACCCCUUCAUUUUAACGCUAAAAAUCAUAUAAAUUUUGCUUAAUUUAAAUUCGAAAUAUUUUGGCUAAUGUUCAGUGGCGGAUUUAGAGGGGGCGCAGCCAGCGCCCCCCCCCCCCCCCCCCCUAAAAUUUUCAAAUUUAAGGUAAAUCGCGGUAUCUUGUUUCGGAAAAUGUACUAAACGAUAGAAGAAGCAAGAAUUUCUUCCACUCCCGGAGAAAUAAAUGACAAAAUCUUUUGAUUUCUUGAAUUACUUUACUGUGAGAACUUAAUUAUUUCAUUUGGGUCAUUUUAUUAAUUUACCUUAUUAGAAUGAUAGAAAAUAGUACAAAUAACUAGAUAGGAGAAAUAUUUCAAGCCCCAUAAAAUCUGUAAAAUUCAGGAGCUUCCGGGGGCUUCGCCCCUUGGACCCCCACCAGGGCUUCGCCCUGGACCCACUACCCCAUAAAGUGGCGCCCCCCGUAACCGCAAUUCCUGGAUCCACCCCUGAUUUUGUCAAUACACGUCUUUUAAACUUAUUUUCAAAAAUUAUUGAAUCAAGACAUAUGUUCCAAUUGGUUUUGUCAUAUAUUUGAAUAACUUAAAUUUUCGAUCUUUCAUGCAACACCUCUAGGGAAAUUAACAUGAGACGUGCAACACUUUCUUUAUGACCUUGAGGCUGGGGUUCUGGAACCAGGGUGUGGCUUUUUGGCCCGCAUAGCGAAAUGUUAUUUCUUUGGCAUCAAACAUCCAAACCGAGUCAGCGACAAACAGGAGAGAAGUCUAUGUAAAAUUGUGAAGUUGAUUACCCCUUGUAUUAGAAAUUACAGUGAUAGUGCUGCGCUCUUGUAAUGGAAAUGCAUUAUUUCACUCAAAAUUAUCUCUUGACUCUAGGUCAUCAAAGAAUAAAACUUAGCAUGUUGUAAUAACCAGGCGAGAAGCCUCCACCAUUCAUAUCCCAGGAGUUAGGGACUUUGACACCAGGGCAGAGGUCUGUGGUUCUCAUAUGCUACAUUUUCUAAGCUGUAGAGAUUGACUGCAUGGUUAUGAUGAAUUGGAAACAUCUAACGAAGCUGAAAGUUCUGGUCACUGGGUCAAGAGUUCAGUUUGGUGAAAAAAAGGAUUUGAAUUUCAAAUAAUCUCUUUUAUUACUAAAUAUGUAGCCAAGAAAUAAAGAGCAUAACGGGAACGCGCAAACAGGGUUGAUGUGUUGUAAGUGAAUCGCAACAUCUGUCUACAGGUCCAAUUUCUAUCCAUACCAACUACUUUGCAACAAUGUGUAAUGAUGGAUUGCAAAAUCUGAAGCCCAUUCCCUUCUCAUUGCGCCAUCAUCAUUGUACAAGCAAGGUUUAUGUGUGUGGUACUAAGGGUAUUAGGUAUAAUCUCAUUAAUGUUAUUGACAUUGUAUUCGUGAUCAGAUCUUACGCUGUUGUUUGAAAUACCGUUCUUUAGUGAUUGAUGGGAGUCAUUUGCUCCCAUUUUCGUCAAAUUAGAGAUACAUGAAGCACACAUGAUUUUUGAAAUAGCGCCUAACAAUUGUUAUUAUCAAGUCCAUGUGUUACUUCAGAUGUUACCCGAAUCUCUGUUUUCUGAAAUCCCGUUUUGUGCGCAUCAGGUUUCGUCUUUGUUAAUUGCCACAUAUGUAUAUAAAGCUGCAGAUCUGUUUCACAGUUUAACAUUGUAUCCCUCCAGCCAAAAUGGUAAGUCUAAAAUGUUUAAUGUAAGCCUGUCUAUUAGUGUUUAUUACCUUUACAUCACAUUAACAUUCAUCGUUAAAUGUGAGUUUAAUAUCAGAAGAUAUGAAUGUUUUCUUGUAUAGGAUAGUUGUUUUUUUUUUUGUUUCUUUUUUGUGUGUUUAUUUUACUAAAAUCAUUUUACUGUAUUUGGUACAAUAACACAUCAGGAAAUAAUUCGAUGAAAAAGAAAAAAAAAAAGAAAUUCAAAUUAUUUAUUCAUCAAAAUAUCUUUUGCUACUCUUUCAGAUAUUUUUUCUGGUAACGAUACUGUCUUCAUGGGGGCUUUGCGCGGGGUUUGUACUUCCUGGGCACCCUUCAAACGGGCAUGCCUUGAAUCACCACAUAUCUGAAGCUAACAAAUUAACAGAAUCAAUAGCCAACCAGUCAGCACGAGAAUUAUUGAUCCCGUAUUUAGUCCUCUGUCCGGGGCAAGAUAUGUGUCAUGGAGAAAAUUUCAAAAUGAACUAUGCUUUCACCAUGGUUCCUUCUUGCUCUACGUGUGACUGCGACGACGCCUGUGUAAGGAAAUCUACCUGUUGUCCUUCCAAAUUUCUCCGGAUCGACAAUAUAACUGACACUAGCGAUACGAUACCUAUAAAUGACAUCUCAAGCCAGCCAGCCCUAUCUUGUGUCCAACCAUUUUGGAACAUGCGCCAUAGAUUCGGGAGAGAGGGGUACUGGUUAAUUGAUAGCUGCCCCAACGGGUACAAGUGUGUUACUCCAACGGCACACAUCUGGAACAUAACUUUGUCAACCCCUGUCACAUCCCUUUUGACUAAUGAAACCUACCUGAAUAUCCAGUGUGCUCUUUGCAACAACGAGAGUUCUAUAAAUUUGAUUGACUGGAAACGUGACCAGAUUUUGUGUACAGAAAGGGCAACUCUUCUGCUGAAGGAGACACAUAAGAAUCCUUCUCGGUUUAUAUUCACUCCAGAUCCGAUGUGCAACAUCUUGUUUUAUCCCCCCAGUACAAUAAAGAACUUGGUCACACCAUGUAUUUUCAUUAAAGACAGUCCUUGUAACGCUUCCGGAUUACUGAGUAGGGAGAAAGCGUAUCUGAGUCGGGCAUGCGAGGAAUACUAUUUGCCGUUUUCUACUUGCUAUCAUAUCUACAAGAAUGUAUACUGCGCCUUUUGUCACUUCCAUUCUCUUACUGACAUUCCUAUUGAAUGUGACGGGCAACAGGUCAUUGAUAUUGAUAAUUUUCCAACCUUUACAGCUCUAAUGGAUUUUAAUGACCAUCAAGAAAUAGUGGAAACUAGAGAUGAAAGCUGUGCAUUCGGUCAUGUGUAUGAUAAAUAUAUGGACAAGUGCCUGAAUGUCACCUGUGAGGGCGAGUAUGUUUUGGAGCAGAACUUGGACUGCCGACCAGUUUACCUAAAAUGGGAAGAAAAUAGCUACGAAAUAAAUAUGAUAUUCAGACCUACAUAUGAAAUUGACAAAAAUGUUUUGAAUGCAAUGUCUAUUCCUCUGAAAAAAUUUUUAGAAACCAGAAUGAGGGAGUAUGACAUUAUGAAAUAUCUGUGCACAAUUCAAAUCUUAGAAAUUUAUGUACUUUAUUUUGGAGUAAUCAUUGAGUUCACUGUUAAACACCCACAUGAAGUUGAUAAAAUGAUUGAACAACUGUUGCAUAUUUUCACCAUAGAUCAUAUAGUAUCUCUUAGAGAUGAAUACUUCGGUUAUAAGAUCAAUGUUUCAAGUUCUAUUAUAGGACAGAGAUUCCAUAUGUAUGAAGACAGAUUAGUGUUCUUUUCUAUUCAUUAUACCCGUCAUUUCGUUCAUCCGAUGACUUUGAAACAAAUACUGUUGUUGACCCAUUUCGAAAUGUUAGAGAAUCUUGAAACUUGUUCCGAAUCUCCGACGACAAUAGUUGUGGCCGAUUGGUAUCGUUGUCCUAAAGUCAGGAUGACGACGGAAGACACCAGAGUAGGUCUGACGAAUUAUUCCCUGUGCCUUUUAGACCAUGACCAGUGCAUCCCCUCAAGAUAUUUCAAGAAGUCCCUAAGUAAUUUACAAUUUGAUGUGUGCUUGGACUGGUACCUCAGCACAUCAACAACCCAUUCUUCUUCUCACGAUGCAUCCUCAGACGAUGUUGCAUACAAAUAUCUCUCACUGAUUUGCCUAUCUCUGUCUUCUGCUGGGUCAGUCUUGACAAUUAUAUCUUAUUUUAUAGCGGAAGACCGCAUAACCUCUCCUGGAAUUAAUAUCAUUAUUUUAUCCCUCUUCCUGAUACUUGCAAACACUAUCUAUACGUUCUCGAAAUUGUUUGCAAUGAGUGAAACUUUGUGUGUAACGGUUGGUAUGUUCGUUCACUUCUUCUGGCUGGCUGUUGUAUUCUGGAUGAGUCUAUCUUGUUUUAAAAUUUUUCAAACCUUUACAAACUUUGUGGGUGCGAUAUCGAGACAAAAAUCGAACACAUUUUGUCUUCUGCUCAUAAACUCUCUUACCUGUCUCAUCUUUGUAGGCGUUAAUGUCAUAGUAAGCCACGUAGUGAGCGAUGGUCAGAGUUUUGGGUACUCUCCUCGCACCUGCUACAUAGAAGACUCCAACAUGAUUCUGUACACGUUUGCCCUCCCAGUUGGUGUGACUGUCUGUAUCAAUACCUUUAUGUUUGUGGUGACCGCCAGCAAAAUAAGUGAGAAAUUGGACAUCCGCAAAUCAAGGGAUCAUCAGAAGGUGGCUGCCUACUUCCGGUUAUCCACUGUGACUGGCAUGUCCUGGUUGUUCGGUUUCCUUGGUCAGUUUAUCAAUCUUCAAGUGUUUUCAAUUUUGCAUACCGUAUUUAGUGCAGGCCAGGGGAUUUUCCUUUAUUUGGCGUUUGGAAUGCCACUGUGUGGUACAUGUAGUCGCAAGUCUAUAAAGAAAUGAAAGUGAAGGAAUCGGGAGAAGUUAAGUUUGAUUUCUUACAUUCUGUGUAUAUACCUACACAAUAGUCAAUAAUACAUGCACUGACGUAUUAAGAUAUUCGGUAACAUCUUUGCAAUUCAUGGUCAAUAUCACAUGGUAAACAGCUCUGAGGUAAAUCUAUUGUUGUAUGGUCAUUGUCACAUGGGAAAUAGCUCUGAGGUAAAUCUAUUGUUGUAUGGUCAUUGUCACAUGGUAAAUAGCUCUGAGGUAAAUCUAUUGUUGUGUGGUCAUUGUCACAUGGGAAACAGUUCUGAGGUAAAUCUAUUGUUGUGUGGUCAUUGUCACAUGGGAAACAGUUCUGAGGUAAAUAUAUUGUUGUAUUUUGAUUCAUUGCUUGUACAUUCCACAAAUGUCCUUGUUGCAGGUUUUGUUCUGUAAUUUUAUACUUACACAAUGUACAUAUAUUUGCAGAGAAGUUUUCAUGAACAUGUCACAUUCACCUUGACACGCCUGUCUUGGGUUGGUUUCUAUGAUUUAGACAGUACGACCAGUAGAUAUGACUGAACAAUACAUAUGCAGUAGAUAGAUUGAUUAAAACAGCACAUGUAGAUAAGAUAAGAUGGAAGCUUACGGCGGAUAUGACCGGUGAACAGGAGAUGCUUACAACUCCUGGGCACAUGACCGUACCUUUUUGUGUUUCCGCAAGUUUCCGGGAAUCCAUGUUCCCUCUGCCCUUGAUUUUGUAUUCUAAUGUAACUGUUUUGUAAUCUGUAUUUUUAUUGGCUAAUGCGCUGAGGUUCCAGUCUAAAUGAACGUUAACAAGACAGAAAGCGUCGUAAUACAAUGACAAAAAACACACCAUCAAACGUAAAUAUUUCGUGACGUUAACAUUUUUAAUCAAACAAAAUAGCAUUGCUUGAUGAAAUGGGAGGUAAACAUAUAGAAAAAUUAGAAUGACAUUGGGAUGGGAUAACUAUCUUCUCUUUUGUAAUUUUCUACCAUUAGUACCAAUUUAGCGGUCGCAAACAUCCGCUUUCCCGGUCCCAAUAAUGCGUCACCGGUAAAACUCAGUCUGGGACCGAUUAAUUGGCAAUAUUUAUACUGCUUUACCUUAAUAUUGUUAGAAAUUCCAACCUACUUUCAUUUUUGCGCAGGAUUUUUUUUUUCAAUUUAGAAUUCAUCGUGGAUAUUGGUGUAUAUAUACUGUAUAUAUGAGUGUAGUGUUAUGUGUUUGAGAGUGAUUCUUUCCUGAUUUAAAAGAAUAUUUUGUACAAUUUUCGUUGUGUUUUUUUUAUUUACAAACAUAUUUGUCAUCUUGAAAUGUCGUGUUGUUGUGAAAUGAAAUAAAUGUGUAUUACUAUU